AUGGCUUCCAGUGCAGCAGUGAUUGCAAGGCAAGCAUUGGAUCUUUCUGGUGUGCGGGGAGCCUAUACGAAUCAAGGACAACAAGAUGUAGCCUGUAAACCACAACCAACCUUCAGAACAAGAAAUCGAAUCCUACGAGGCCCAGAUUAUAUAAAGGAUCAUCUACCUAAACUUCAUGAGGACCCUUGCUACAUUGGAGAAAAGCGACCAAUAGCAGAAAAAACUGGAGAUCUUAAAUAUUUAUGGAGGCCUGCCCCACACCUAAGUCUGCCAGCGAAAUACAAACACAACUACGUUGGUGAAAUUGGCUGGGGAAUACCUGAGUAUGAUUUUAUCAGCAGAUCAAAUUUGAAGUCUAACUUUCACAUCAAGUACGGAGAACUAAGUCAUGCUUGUGCUGGAUACUUAACCCACAAAUACCAGAAUCCAUGGCAACCAAAACCUCACAUAAUGGAUAAGCAAGGAAAAGGUAGUCGUGGCUCUAUGGCCUGGCAUAUGAGUGAUUAUGAGGACACCACAAACAGAAAUUCUAAGAGUGCCAUUCUUGUCAGGGAGAAUAAAGCACCUACGACAUCUAAACUACCCACGCUGCAUUCCAAGGUACAGUACAAUCUUCUGCUUUCUGAAUCAUUAUAG